UCAAAUACCUAGUCAUCCAUCAUCCACCAUCUAUUCGAAAAUAAGGAAAAUCUUUUGAGUAUAUUUUAAGCAAAGUACAAUUUUUGAAAUUUUUCAUCUACUCAUCAAAUAUUCUCUUGAGCAUUCACAAAAAUAUAAAAUUCGACGCAAAGCAACUUAACUUCGCCUGCUCGAUUCUCAAAUUUUCGAGCACAAAUAUUUAUACAGCUUCAGCCUCAAGGAAUAAUUUAAAAAAAAAAUCUACCAUUAUGGCUAUGCCACCAACAAUGAAUGGACUCCUUAAAUGGAGCGUAGAGAACUCCUCUGCAACCGCCGCCGAUCCUACCGCACCUCCCCCACAACCCAAAGCCCUCCCAGCCGAUGCCAUGAAUGUGCUCUUCGGUGGUCCUAGUGACGCCGACCUCAUGAAAGCCUCCAUGUGGGCCAUUCAAUCUACCGACCCCGAAGUAACUGUCGAAGAUAAAGUGAUUGCAUUCGAUAACUUUGAGCAACUCAUUGAAAACCUCGAUAACGCCAAUAAUAUCGAGGCGCUUUCAUUAUGGAAACCUUUGUUGGAAUUGUUAGCACAUGAGGAGAAGGAGAUUAGGAAGAUGGCAGCUUGGUGCGUGGGAACUGCGGUGCAGAAUAAUGAGAAGAGUCAGAGGUGUAUGCUGAAGGAAGGGGGAGUGCCACAUUUGAUUAAGGUGUGUUUGAAUGAGAACGAGGAGAAGGAUGUUAGGAGGAAGGCAGUUUAUGCAUUGAGUAGUGCUGUGAGGAAUUUUCAAGAUGGAAUGGAUGUUGCGACUGAGGAGUUGGGCAAGUUGGGGAGAAGUGGUGAGAAGAUUGAUGCGGCAGAUAUGGAUGCUUGUGAUGUUCUGAUUGAGGGAUUGAGGGAGGAGGCAGCGAAAGGAAGAUGAGGAUGGGAUGUAGGAAAGGGGAAUAUUCAGGAUUGAAUGAUUGACAUCUAUGAAUUAUAAGAUAGCUAAUACUUCCUACUUCUCACGAAAUGCCCGGGCUGGAGUUUUGGAGUUUUGGUAGAUUGUCAUUGGGAAUGAUAGAGGGAGGAGACAUUGAUAUCCUGGUAAUCUAGUCAAUGAGGCUCUUACAAGGACCCCCUGACUACGACUGCCACCUCACUGAGGAUUUUUAGAGAAUGCAUCCAAGUCACAAGCCACAAUUGAACAUGUCCAGCAUCUUUUUACCAUGAUUCUUAAAGCUUGUAAACGAUACACG